GUCGGCGGCGCGCGGAUUCGGCUGAUUGGCGCCGAUAAGAUACGCGUGCGCCCGGCUGGCUGACGGUGGCGGCGCCGCCAGCGACGACGACGGCCCGCCACUCGCUUCUCAACACUCGACGCUGCACCUGAACUCGAUCGCAACGCAAGAAAACGCAGACAUGACGUUUAUGAGCCAGCCGCUGCGGGGAUGAACGCCACCCAAGAUACAGAUGAUUGCGCGUGCGGGAUGCCGCGGUGGCUGCUGCAGUCGGCGCUGGCCUACAAGCAGGUGCACGGGCCGCUGGCGGUGGCCGUGUGUCUCCUCGGCUCGGUGGCCAACUGCCUGAACCUGGUGGUGCUGCGCGAGCUGCGCGCGGCGCCCGUCAACCGCAUCCUCAGCUGGCUCGCCAUGGUCGACGUCUUCGUCAUGCUGCUCUACCUGCCCUUCGCCUACGAGGUCUACAUCGACCCUGACCGCCAUUGGCGCUCCUACCUCCCCGCCUGGGCCGCCUUCCUCCUCCUGCACAUGCAGCUCGCUCAGGUGCUACACACGGCGUCGGUGCUGCUGACGCUGCUGUUGGCGACGUGGCGGUGCCUGACGCUGGCGCAGCUGACGCCCGGACGCGGCUCUGGACGCCGUCCUAGCGACUCGGACACGCUGCUGACCGUGGCACUGGUCGGCUGCCUGGUGCUAGCGGUCGUGCUCUGCGUGCCCGCCUUCCUCUGCUUCACCCUGAGCCAGCGCUCCUCCGAUGAGUUUCCCCACACCAGGUACAUCAUCACGCUCAGCGAACUCGCACAAAGCAACGAUGGAGCGCUGUACCAUUUUCACUUUUGGUUCAACGGCUGCGUUCUGAAGCUGCUGCCAUGCAUACUGCUCUCCGCCCUGAGCCUUUGUCUCAUCAGGGCGCUCGUCAAGGCGCACCAACACUCGCAGAAACUGCUCUCCACGCCUGAGAACCUGCCAAUGAUCCAGAUCAGACUCUCCGGGGAGGAAAACUCGCGGGGAAAGCGGAUCUCGCAGCGGACGGACCGGACGACGCGCAUGCUGGUCGCUGUCACGCUGCUCUUCCUCGCCACUGAGCUGCCACAGGCAGUUCUAGGAGUACUGAGUGGGCUGAAUGGUCCGUGCUUCUUCCAGACGUGCUACCAGAUGCUGGGCGAGAUGCUGGACCUGCUGGCGCUGUUCAACGGCGCCGUCAACUUCGUGCUUUACUGCAUCAUGAGCCGGCAGUUCCGCGCCACCUUCUGCAACCUGUUCGUGCCGUGGGCGGUGGCGGCGGAGGCGGCGCCGCCUCCGGGCACCACGGCCGUGCAGGCGCCCGUCCCGUCCGAGGUCAACUCCACCGUCGUCUGAUUGUGACAGCCCAAAUAAAAAAAAAAACAGAAACAGAUACAAACAAAAAACGCGAAAGGAAACAAAGACUGAGCCGGGGGGCGGGCGGUGGCCGCUGACUGAGCCCCGGCCGCCACCCCCGCCCCCCACAUUUCUCAAGGGGUGUGGAAACCCCCUCUCUUUUAAUGUUAUAAACUGUUGACAUUUUUGCAGAUUUCUUGCAUUUAUUUUAGUUUUUAGAAAUUAGGAAAAAAUAUUCCUUGCAAGAAAUCGGUAAAAAUUUACUAUAGGAAAAUCCGGGUGUUGGAAAAUACGGCGAUAUUAUUGUAUUUUUAUUCAACCCCUUCAUGUCUACUUCCCUCUCUUUUUCUCUCUCUCUUGGCGAAUGUUCCGAUAAUAAACGAUGAAAUAAAUAUAGAAAAAAAUAAACAGUUGUAGUGUGUGCUGUCCAAAAUGAGUGUUUUAUUUCACAAUAUAACAUAUAUUUUUGGUACAAAAGAGCAGGGCGCUAUUCUGUUUUAAUGGGGUGAAAAGGCAAGCGAGCGCUGGCAUUUGCAAUUCAGAUCACAGCUCAUAAUUUACGCAAAUUCGUCGCUAUCAGCCGACAAGAUCACUCACGGGCUAAUUUCUUUCUGCUCCCAACCAGAUCGUGAUCUGCGUUUGAAAUUUCAAACAUGGUAAAAAUACUAGAAAAUAAUAAUGAAUACAAAUUACAAAUCUCCAAUCAAAACCAGGAAAUAUUUUUUAAUUAAUUAAUAAAACCUUGAAAAUGGUGAUUAAUA